AUUAUUAUUGAUAUUCGUCUAGGAACGUAACGUGAGGUUGCGUGUGCUUUUUACUGUUUAUUGCAGGUUUAUCACGUCAGUCAAACGUUAUUUCAUACCAUAUUCAUAGUCCUGAGAUACGGUGCAGCCAUGUCCAAAAGACGAAUCGAAGUGCUGGACCCUUUUAUUAAAAAACGGAGAGAGGAAAAGGGAAUCCUGGAUGAAGGGGCGUCUUCUAGCAAAAGCGACUCGAAUAACCUGUUAAGUACGAAUAGUUCUUCAGGGAAGGUGAAUCCGUUAAAUGGACAAAUAUAUUCGCAAAAUUAUUUUAAUCUGUACAAGAAACGCAUCACUUUACCAGUUUUCGAGUAUCGAGCAGAUUUUAUGCGUCUUUUAGCAGAAAAUCAGUGUAUUGUACUGGUUGGUGAAACAGGUUCUGGCAAAACAACGCAGAUUCCACAAUGGUGCGUGGAUUUUGCUAGAGCGAGUAGCCAUAAAGGAGUAGCCUGUACUCAACCACGACGAGUGGCAGCGAUGUCUGUGGCCCAACGCGUUUCUGAAGAAAUGGAUGUAGUGCUGGGAAUUGAAGUGGGCUAUAGCAUUCGUUUUGAGGAUUGUUCUUCACCGCAAACAAUACUUAAAUAUAUGACAGAUGGUAUGUUACUACGUGAAGGAAUGAGCGAUCCAAUGUUAGAAGCUUAUCAGGUCAUUCUUCUGGACGAAGCUCAUGAACGUACCUUGGCAACUGAUUUAUUAAUGGGAGUUCUAAAGGAAGUAAUUCGUCAGCGCAAAGAUUUGAAAUUAGUUAUUAUGUCGGCUACUUUAGACGCAGGCAAAUUUCAACAAUAUUUUGAUAACGCACCAUUGAUGAACGUACCUGGUCGCACACACCCGGUGGAAAUAUUCUAUACUCCUGAACCGGAAAGAGAUUAUUUAGAAGCCGCAAUUCGAACUGUCAUCCAAAUCCAUAUGUGUGAAGAUAUCGAGGGAGAUGUUCUUAUGUUUCUUACUGGUCAAGAAGAAAUUGAAGAAGCUUGUAAAAGAGUAAAACGAGAAAUAGAUAACCUCGGGCCAGAAGUUGGCGAAUUGAAGUGCAUUCCGUUAUAUUCUUCUUUACCACCGAAUAUGCAGCAAAAAAUUUUUGAGCCAGCCCCACCAAAAAGGUCGAAUGGAGCCAUCGGUCGAAAAGUAGUCAUUUCUACAAAUAUUGCCGAAACAUCAUUGACUAUAGACGGCGUAGUUUUUGUGAUUGAUCCUGGAUUUUCAAAACAAAAAGUGUAUAACCCACGCAUUCGUGUGGAAAGUUUGCUUGUUUCCCCUAUUAGUAAAGCCUCCGCACAGCAACGAGCUGGUCGAGCUGGUCGUACCAGACCAGGAAAAUGUUUUCGACUUUAUACGGAAAAGGCAUAUAAAACGGAAAUGCAGGAAAAUACUUAUCCAGAGAUUUUGAGAUCCAAUUUAGGAACAGUCGUUCUACAACUUAAAAAGCUUGGUAUUGAUGAUUUGGUUCAUUUUGAUUUUAUGGAUCCACCGGCUCCAGAAACACUGAUGCGAGCACUUGAAUUAUUGAAUUACCUAGCAGCCCUAGAUGAUGAUGGAAACCUCACCGACCUUGGAGCAGUCAUGGCUGAAUUUCCACUGGAUCCGCAAUUAGCUAAGAUGUUAAUUGCAAGCUGUAACCACAAUUGUUCAAAUGAAAUCCUGUCAAUAACUGCGAUGUUGUCUGUCCCGCAGUGUUUCGUACGUCCGAACGAGAUGAAAAAGGCUGCAGACGACGCGAAGAAACGCUUUGCCCAUCUUGACGGCGAUCAUUUGACUCUCUUAAACGUUUAUCAUGCGUUCAAACAAAAUAAUGAAGAUCCUAGUUGGUGCUACGAUAAUUUUAUUAACUACCGCUCAUUAAAGUCAGCCGAUAAUGUACGUCAACAGUUAUCUCGAAUUAUGGAUCGUUUCAAUUUGAAACGUACGAGUACCGACUUCAACACGACCAACUACUAUUUCAAUAUUCGGAAAGCAUUGGUACAAGGAUUCUUUAUGCAGGUGGCAUAUCUGGAACAAACGAAGCACUACGUUACUAUUAAAGAUAAUCAGAUAGUACAGCUGCAUCCGUCUACUUGCUUAGGUCACAGGCCAAAUUGGGUUAUGUACAACGAAUUUGUAUUAACGACCAAAAACUACAUUCGUACAGUUACGGAUGUUAAACCGGAAUGGUUACUAUUAAUUGCACCACAAUACUACGAUAUGAAUAAUUUUCCAGAAUGCGAAGCCAAACGUCAACUGGAAGUGAUAGGAGCUAAACUUGAAUCAAAGCAGUAUCAACAGGGUUUCUAGCUCAGUUUAUACAUUCUUCAGUUAGAUACUACAUAUUUUUGUUUUAACUCCGAUGUACCUUUACACUUGCUUAGUUUUGCAUUUUUCCCAAUCUUCUCAGUAAUUGUAAUGAAACUGUCCUAUUGAAUAAAAAAUUGCACUGUAUCUGAUUACAUACUUGAUACAUAUUCGUUACAAAUAGUUACACGAAUUGCUGUUAAGAAUAAAGAUAUCAGUUUCGAUGCAUAACAUGGAAGGCAUUUCUCAUUAUUAAGGUGGGAUCACAUUCUUAACUAAACUAUUGUUUAAUAUAUCGUUCCGCGCAACUGGUAAUACAAUCAAACCUCGAAAUAGUACAACAAAUA